GAAAGAGGAGCCGGAAGUGAGACGCGCGAGGUCUAAGGGCGCGAGGGAAGUGGCGGGCGGGGACUGACGGGGGGCGUGCAGGUGAGCCGACCGGCCGGGGGUCGCGGGCAUGGCCGAGGCCAGGAAGCGGCGGGAGCUGCUUCCCCUGAUCUACCAUCAUCUGCUGCGGGCGGGCUAUGUGCGCGCGGCGCGGGAAGUGAAGGAGCAGAGCGGCCAGAAAAUUUUCCUGGCUCAGCCUGUAACCCUCCUGGACAUCUAUACGCACUGGCAACAAACCUCAGAGCUUGGCCGGAAGCGAAAGGCAGAGGCCGAUGCGGAACUACUGGCCAAGAAGACCCGUGUGUCAGACCCCAUUAGCAGCUCAGAGAGCUCAGAAGAGGAGGAGGAGGAGGCAGAAGCUGAAACCACCAAAGCCACCCCAAGACUAGCGUGUACCAACUCCUCAGCCAUGGGGGCGGAUUUGCUGUCAAGCAUGAAAGAAAAGGCCAAGGCAAAGACAGAGACAGCCGGCAAGAUGGGGAACUCCAUGCCAAACCCUGCCUCUAUGAAGACAGUGGCCCACCUCCUCUCUGGGAAGUCACUGAAGAUGUCAGGAGAGCCCUCAGCAAAUACUGUCUUGGCCUCAGAAACAGAGGAGGAGGGCAGUGUUCCGGCCUUCAGAGCCGCCGCCAAGCCUGGGACAGUGUCAGCAGGCCAGGCCGACAGCUCCAGUGAGGACACCUCCGGUUCAAGCGAUGAGACGGACGUGGAGGCAAAACCCUCAGUAAAACCAGCCCAGGUCAAACCCUUGUCAGUCCCUGCCAAGGAGCCUCCAGCAAGAAGGGCAGCCCCAGCCCCUGGGAAGGUGGGGGAUGUGACACCCCAGGUCAGAGGAGGUGCCCUGACCCCGGCUAAGACAACCAAGAAGCCAGAAGAGGAGUCAGAGAGUAGCGAGGAGUCCUCUGAAAGUGAGGAGGAGGCCCCUGCGGGGACCCCCAGCCAGGUAAAAGCCUCUGAGAAAAUUCUUCAGGUCAGAGCUGCCUCGGCCCCUGCCAAGGGGAGUCCUGGGAAAGGGCCCACCCCGGCACCCCCUGGGAAGGCAGGGCCCACAGCCACCCAGGCCAAAGCAGGGAAGCCAGAGGAGGACUCGGAGAGCAGUAGUGAGGAGGAGUCUGACAGUGAGGAGGAGACACCGGCUGCCAAGGGCCCGCUUCAGGCGAAGCCCUCGGAGAAGACCCCCCAGGUCAGAGCUGCCUCAGCCCCUGCCAAGGAGUCCCCGAGAAAAGGGGCUGCCUCAGCACCCCCUGGGAAGACGGGGCCUGCAGCCGCCCAGGCCCAGGCGGGGAAGCGGGAGGAGGACUCGGGGAGCAGCAGCGAGGAGUCGGACAGCGGUGGGGAGGCCCCAGCGGCCGUGAGCCUGGCCCAGGCAAAGCCCUUGGGGAAAAACCCCCAGGUGAGACCUGCCUCCACCCUGGGUGUGAAGCCCUCGGGGAAAGGCACCAUCCCAGUGCUCCCUGGGAAGGCAGGGACCGCAGCCCCCUUUGCCCAGGUGGGGAAGCAGGAGGACCCAACCAGCAGCAGCGAGGAGUCAUCAGACAGUGAAGGGGAGGCACCCACGGCCGUGGCCCCAGCCCAGGCAAAGCCCUCAGGAAAAAUCCUCCCAGCCAGACCUGCCUCCAGUCCUGCCAAGGUGCCGUUGGGAAAGGGGACUAUCCCAGUGGGCCCUCAGAAGGCAGGGCCUGUGGCCACCCUGGUCAAGGCUGAAAGGUCCAAGGAAGACUCAGAGAGCAGCGAGGAGUCGUCUGACAGCCAGGAGGAGGCACCAGCAGCCGUGCCUCCCGCUCAGGCAAAACCAGCUCUGAAAACUCCUCAGACCAAGGCAUCCCCAAGGAAAGGCACCCCCAGUACCCUUGCGUCUGCCAAGACCACCGCGGUGCGCGUGGGCACUCCAGCCCCCUGGAAAGCGGGAGCGGUGGCUCCUCCAGCUGCAGCCGGGGGUGCCCAGAGACCAGAGGACUCUUCUAGCAGCAAGGAGUCAGAGAGUGAGGAAGAGGAGAUGGCUCCUGUGGCAGCAGUGGGACAGGCGAAGUCUGUGGGGAAAGGCCUCCAAGCGAAAGCUGCCUCGGUGCCCACCACGGGGCCCUCGGGGCAAGGGACUGCCCCAGUCCUCCCUGGGAAGACAGGACUUCCAGUCCCCCAGGUCAAAGCAGAGGCGCAGGAAGACUCCGAGAGCAGUGAGGAGGAGUCCGACAGUGAGGACGCAGCCACGACUCCAGCGCAGGUAAAGGCCUCAGUGAAAGUGCCUCUGGCUAAAGCCAACCCAGCUGCCACCAGAGUGUCUUCAGCCAAAGGGGCAAUGUCUGCUCCUGGAAAAGGUGUCACUGCAGCUGCUCAAACCAAACAGGGGUCCACAGCCAAGGCAAGACCACCAGCGAGAACCCUCCAGAACAGCACUGUCUCAGUGAGGGCCCAGGCACCUAUGCCAAGUGCAGGGAAGGCGGGGGCCAUAGCGGCCCAGGCCCAGACAGGGCCAGGAGAGGAGGACUCAGAGAGCAGUGAGGAGGAGUCGGACAGUGAAGAGGAGGCGCCAGCUCCGGCAAAGCCUUUGGGGAAGACCCUGCAAGUCAGAGCUGCCUCAGCCCCUGCCAAGGAGUCCCCGAGGAAAGGGGCUGCCCCAGCACCCCCUGGGAAGACAGGGCCUGCAUGUGCCCAGGCCCAGGCAGGGAAGCGGGAGGAGGACUCGGAGAGCAGCAGCGAGGAGUCGGACAGCGAGGGGGAAGCCUCGGCAACCGUGACCCCAGCCCAGGUCUUGUCCCCUCAGAAGAAUGGUAACUUGAAAACCGCCAGAAGCAAGACCCUGGCCCCGGCACCCCCAGACAAGAAGGCAGCAGAGUCCUUGGAAAGCAGUGACGAAGAGCUGCCGGCGAGCCAGGUGAUUAAAACCCCUCUGAUUUUUGUCGACCCUAAUCGUAGUCCAGCUGGCCCAGCUGCUACCCCCGCGCAAGCCCAGGCUGCGAGCACCCCGAGAAAGGCCCGGGCCUCGGAGAGCACAGCCAAGAGUUCCUCCUCCGAGAGCGAGGACGAGGACAUGAUCCCCGCUACACAGUGCUUGACUCCUGCCAUUAGAACCAACGUGACUGUGUCCGCCACUCACCCACGGACAGCCCCCAAAGCCAGCGUUGCCAGCAACAGCAAGGAGUCCAGCUGGGUAUCAGAUGGCAAGAAACAGGAGGGACCAGCCACUCAGGUGACAAAGAGGAACCCAGCUUCCCUCCCACUGACCCAGGUCCUUGCCCAGGAAGCCAGUGAGGCCCAGCCUCGUAUUGGCAGGACCCAGUCUUCAAGGCGGGUUGACAGUGCUGUAGGAACAUUCCCUGUGACGGGUUCCCAGAGCACCCCUGUCCAGACCAGAGUGACCAGCAAUCCCAAAAAACCCAAGCUCCCUGACAGCCGGCAGGCCACAACCACUCCCUUGGGACACCCCAAGGCCAAAGCCCCUGGGAGCUCAGAUGACAGUGAGGACAGCAGCAACAGCUCUUCAGGAAGCGAGGAGGACGCUGAAGGGCCCCCGAUGGCCAAGUCGGCCCACCGGCCAGGUCCAGCCACCGCCAGCAGGGAGACCUUGGUGGAGGAGACCACAGAGUCCAGCGAGGAUGAGGUGAUGGCGCCUUCCCAGUCUCUCCUCUCAGGUUAUGUGACCCCAGCCAAUUCCCAGGCCUCAAAGGCCACUCCCAGGCCAGACUCCAACCCCUCAGUUUCCUCGACUCCGGCCAUCAAAGAUGACCCAGAUGGCAAGCGGGAGGCCGAGCCCCAGCAGGCAGCAGGCAUCACAUCCCUUAAAACAGGCAAAAAGGAGGCCGCUUCAGGCACCGUGCCUCAGAAGCCCCGGAAGCCCAAGAAGGGGGCUGGGAACCCCCAAGCAUCAACACUGGCGCUGCAGAACGACAUCACCCAGCGUCUCCUGGGAGAGGCCUGGCCCCUCAGUGAGGCCCAGGUGCAGGCCUCAGUGGCAAAGGUCCUCGCGGAGCUGCUGGAGCAGGAAAAGAAGAAGGCCACGGAUGCCACCAAGGAGAGCAGCAAGAAGGGCCGCAAGCGGAAGCUGUCAGGAGACCAGCUGGCUACCAAGGCCCCCAAGAGCAAGAAGAAGAAACAGCUGGCCGCUGGGGAAGGCGGGGAGGGCACUGUGUCCCCAGAAAAGGCCUCCGUGACUUCCAAGGGGAAAGCAAAGAAAGACAGAGCAAGUGGUGACGUCAAGGAGAAGAAGGGGAAGGGGUCUCCUGGCUCCCAGGGGACCAAGGACAAGCCAAAAGGGGAGCUUCCGAAGGGGGUGGUGAAGGUGGAGGGUGGCGGUCAAAGCAACCCAAAGAUCAAGAAAGAGAAGAAAUCCGACAAGAAAAAAAAAGACAAGGAAAAAAAGGAAAAGAAGAAGAAAGCAAAAAAGACCUCAACCAAAGACCCUGAAUUACCAGUCCAAAAGAAAAAGAAGAAAAAGAAGAAGACGGCAGAGCCGACCGUGUGAGGGCACAGGCGCCAGGUGCAGGGAUCUCUUAGCCAAGUGGUGACCAUCCCAUGCCUCUGACCUCGGCCUACCUCUGCCCGCCAUGAGUUGGAACUGAAUUUUUAACUUCCCUCCCGAAGAAGACGACAGCCAGCUGCAGGGUCCCUGUGCUGGCCAAGCCAGUGAGCCUGCAGGGAGGCUGGUCCCAGAAGAAUGUGGGCCCAGCUCCCGUGACCUCGGCCACACCUGCCCCCACCACAGGGCGCUUCGUAUAGAUGUGUACAGUAUAUAUAUUUUUCUAAACGACCCGCCUCUCCCCUGGCAAACCGCAAAUGCCCAAGGCCUCGGGACUUUCCACCCAAGGAAGUCUCUGCAGACUCAGCUUGGCCCCACCUGCAGCUCGUCUCCUGCCAUGUGGUCUUUGGCGCAUCCCGAGGCUUUGUCCUCCUCUUGUCAGUUUUUUUGGUUGUGUUGGGGUUUUUUUUCUUUCUUUUUUUUUUAAACUCAGAAAAUAAAAGACUUGAGGGAGA